AUGCCACCCACUCCAGGUAGGCCAUUACUACUAUAUAUCUCUGUCGCGACAAAAGCAAUCAAAUGUGUUCUUGGCCAACACGACGACAUAGGAAGAAAAGAGCAAGCGAUCUACUAUCUAAGCCAACGAUUCACAAACUAUGAAGACAAAUACUCCAGCUUAGAAAAGACAUGCCUCACCCUAGUCUGGGCAACACAACGUCUACGACAGUAUAUGAUCGCUCACCCAACCCUUCUGCUCGCUUGCAUAGACCCGUUGAAGUACUUGUUCGAAAAACGAGCACUAACAGGCAGGAUCGCAAAAUGGCAAUUACUGCUUUCAAAGUUUGACAUCACUUAUGUCACUCAGAAAGCAAUCAAGGGGCAAGCACUGGCCGAUCACUUAGCAGCACACUCUCUGCCUGAUUACCAACCGCUGAAGACAUUCUUCCCUGACGAAGACAUCCUCCAGAUUGAGGAAGAAGAAGAAAGAAAGGCAGGAGAGUGGACUAUCUUCUUCGAUGGAGCCAUAAAUUCAAAAGGAAGUGGAGUAGGCUCCAUACUCUACUCUCCCGAUGACAUCCCAAUUCCCAUAUCCAGGAGGCUGGCAUUCCAAUGCACUAACAGCAUAGCUGAGUAUGAAGCAUGUAUUGCUGGUCUAAGAGAAGCCAUCAUCCUUAACAUAAAGAAGUUACGAGUCUUCGGAGACUCACAACUCAUCAUUAAUCAGAUAAAUGAUGCUCUGGCUACCCUCGCCUCAAUGUUAGAGAUCCCAAAAGGAGUUGUGGAAUGGGAACUCACCGUCGAACUCCAAGAGGAACCUGCAUUCUGCCUACAGAUCGACGAAGCUGAACAUCCCUCGAAUGAUCGGCCAUUGUAUACAAACAUCAAGGAAUACCUCGAACACCAAAAGUACCCGGAAGGAGCAACACCAACCGACCGUCGCACUAUCCAGCAGCUAGCAGCUUAG